AUGUCUUUUACGAGGACCACCACCCGUGGUGAGGCCAUUCAGUUGGGCUCUGAUCCAAAAGGAGAAAACUUUUUGUAUGCGAAUGGAAAAACUGUUAUUAUUCGUAAUUUUGCUAACCCAACUAUAGCGACUGAAUAUACUGGGCAUUCUGCGCAUGCUACAGUGGCACGUUAUUCGCCAAGUGGAUACUACGUAGCUUCUGGCGAUAUACAUGGCAAUGUUCGUAUAUGGGAUGUCACUCAAGAAGAAAAUAUUCUAAAGAAUGAGGUUAAAGUUAUUUCUGGAAAAAUCAGUGAUAUUGCUUGGGAUUCUGAGAGUAAAAGAUUGAUAGCUGUUGGUAGUGGUAAAGAACGAUAUGGCCGUGCAUUUUUGUUUGAUACCGGAUCUUCUGUCGGAGAAAUAAGUGGUCAUACCAAACCAAUUAACAGUGUCAGUAUUCGCCAACAACGCCCAUUCCGUGCUGCAACAGCAUCUGAUGACUUUUCUGGUGUAAAAUUUUCUCCUGAUGGUGAAAGACUGGUGUCAGUAGGGUCAGAUAAAAAGGUGUUUUUAUACGAUGGGAAAACUGGUAGCAAAGUAUUGUGUCUUUCAGAUAUCGUUGCAGAUGAUUCUCACAAAGGUACUAUUUUUGCCGUCUCCUGGUCACCCGAUAGUAAACAACUUCUCACCUCGUCUGGUGAUAAGACCGCAAAAAUCUGGGAUAUUGAAUCCCAAAAAGUCGUACAGACUUUCUGCUUUUCGGAUACCAUUGAUGACCAGCAAGUUGGUAAUAUUUGGCAAGGCGAAAAUAUCAUUAGCCUGUCACUAUCUGGGGAUAUCAACUAUCUUGAUACGAAAUCACCUUCACCUGUAAAGGUGGUUAAAGGUCACCAAAAAGCAAUUACUGCAUUCACGCGAAGCGAAGAUUCUACAUUAUUUACAGGAAGUUAUGAUGGACUGGGUGGCAAUAGCCAUACAAACUCAGUUACUCAGUUAUCUUCUCAAGGGAAUAAAGUAGUUUCUGUUGGCAUGGAUGAUACUGUAAGAAUGAUUGAUGUUGAUGUAAAAUCAUUCAGUACACCUGUCGUUCCAACCGGUGCUUUACCGAAAGGUGUCGCAGUUACUGAAAAUAAGAUAAUAAUUGCUACUAUAAAUGAUAUACAACUUAUCAGUAAUGAUAAGUGCAUAUCCAAUAUUAAAGUAUCAUCCCCUCCUGGUGCCAUUGCUAUCAAUCCUACAUCCACAGAAAUUGCUGUCGGUUGCGAAGAUCAAAAAGUCCGAAUAUAUAAGUUGAAUGAGGAUAAAUUUGAGGAGCAAGGGGAUAAAUUAUCGUCUGGUAGAGGAGCUAUCACAGCUAUCGCGUAUUCUCCUAAUGGUUCCUUACUUGCUGUUGGAGAUUCUCAAGGAAAAAUUUAUGUAUAUGAUACUGGGAGCAAAGAGGUCAAGAUUUCAGAGUGGUGCUUCCAUACUGCUCGUAUCUAUUCUAUUGCUUGGUCACCAGAUAGUCUUCAUUUAGUCAGUGGAUCUCUGGAUACUAAUAUUUAUGUAUGGAGUGUCGAAAAGCCAUCAAGUCGUAUUGCUAUUAAAGGUGCACAUCAGGUUAGUGUAUCUGGAGUAACAUUUUUAGACAAUAAUACGGUAUCUUCGGUUGGACAAGACGCAUGCUUGAAAACUUGGGCACUUCAACACCCUUAA